AUGGGAAAGAAGCACACGGCAGGUGGCGGCGGCGGCUGGUUCGCCGCCGUUAGGAAGGUGUUCCGGCCGUCCGCCUCCUCCUCCUCCUCUGCCACCACCUCGUCCAAGGACAAGGAUGCCGUGCAGCACGGGAAACAGGACGGCGCCGUCGAGGAGGAGGCCACCGAGGAGCCGGAGGUGCUGCUGCUGGAGCACUUCCCAGCGUCCGAGACGUCGGCGGAGGCGAGCAACGACAACGAGGGCGGGGAUGCGGAGGUGGCGGCACUGGCAGCAGCAGUGAGGAAGAAUGGUCGUCGUCAGGAGGACGAGGAAGAAGCGGAGGAACUGAUGCUGGCCGACGACAUGGAGCGCGCGCGGGCGCUGGCGGCCGCGGCCGAGGCCGCCGUGGCCGCGGCGGAGGCGGCAGCCAGAGUGGUGCGGCUGGCGGCGCUCCGGCGCUUGUCGCGGGAGGAGCGCGCCGCCGUGCGCAUCCAGGCCUACUACCGCGGAUACCUGGCCCGGCGAGCCCUGCGCGCACUACGUGGCCUGGUGCGCCUGCAGGCGCUGGUGCGCGGUCACCAGGUGCGGCGGCAGGUGCACCUCAGCAUGCGCUGCAUGCAGGCACUCGUCCGAGCCCAGGCCCGCGUCCGCGCGCGUCGCGUCACCCAACACCCGCUCCUCCUCCUCCCGCCGGCGACGCCUCCAGCCAGCCGCUCCACCCUGCUAGGAGCACCAUGCGUCGACCUAGCAUUGCAGGGCCGCCACCACGACGUCAGUGACGACGGCGAGGUGGCAGACCUGCUGCUGCAGCAGAGAAGCAGAAGCAGAGGCAGGUUCGGAAGAGGCGAGGAUAACGGCGGCGGGGGGAGGAGCCCUUCCGGCGCCUGGGACAGCAGUAGCCGCACCCUGGAGGACGCCCGGGCCAAGGGCGCGCGCCGGCACGACGCCGCCGCACGCCGGGAGCGGGCGCUCGCCUACGCCUACGCCUACCAGCAGGUGCGCGUGUCUCUGCUACCAGCUACUACCUGA